AUGGAGCGAGCAAGAAUUACAGUCACCAUACUUGUGUGUGUUUUGUUCUGUGAACAGCAGAGAGUCUUUGGGGCAGAAGUGGACAUGAGAGUUAAAGCAGGAGACAGCAUCACUCUCUACUCUGACUGUGUCAUACCAUUAGGAUCACUCAUUGUUUGGUUGAGAAACUGCUCACAUGAGCAUCAACCAUCUUUGUUCAUAGAUUCUUCAAAAAUAUUCAAGGAGAAGUUUCCACGUUUUAGUUUUGUGCUCAACAGCUCCAGUAACUCCUAUGAUCUACAUAUUACAAACGUCAGUGUCUCUGAUGAGGGAAUGUACUACUGUGCGAAAAGAGAAAAGAAAAUAAGUAAAGAUGUAAACAGCAUCAUAAAUGAUCAAUUUGAAUUCAAAUAUGGAAACAAGACAACUCGUCUAUCUGUCUUGGUGUCUCCUGGUUCUGAGCGGUUCAACACCUCCUCCUCACCUCCUGUAUCAGACUGUGUGCUCUGCUGGACGCUGCUGUCCAGUGUGUGUCCAGUGUGUGUUCUCCUCUCCUCCAUCUGUGUGUACUGCUUCUGCUUGAGGAAUACUACAGCUCCUGGCGCUGAAACGCAGACUGAGAACAGACAUGUUGAGGUAUUGUAUCAUAUGUGCACAACCUGA